GGCUGCCCCCCCAAAAGAAAUCCUGGCUAUGCCCAUGGAAAGGUACACUGCACCUUUUUGGCAGCAUGACCCCCUGAAGGUGCUUGACCUGUGCACAGUGGGCUUGGCUCUCAGAAGUGUCAUUUGAGGCACAAAGAUGAGCUCCUUGGAGAGGGUCAGGGUAGUUUGGACAGAGUUUAGCUCUCUGUACAGUCAGUUCCUUCCUCCUCCCGCCCUUUCGUAACUUAAGGGCCACAAUGCCACUUGAUCUUUACAGGUGUUUCCCCUAGGAGGGGAUAUCCCCAAAUGUGUUUGGGGCCUGACAAAAGUAUUUCCAGUUUGCAGACUUUGUCGGCCUGGAAUAGCUCAGUCGGUAGCUCCUGAGACUUGUAAUCUCAGGGUUGUGGGUUCAAGUCGCAUGUUGGGCAAAAUAUUUCUGCAUUGACCCAGUUCCAACUCUGCAAUUCUAUUAUUCAAUGAUUCAGUUGAAGAAUGAGUCUGAAAGGCUGGGGUAGGAUUCUUCUAUGCACCCUUGCCACACAAUAACAAGAAGAAAAACUGUAUUGUAUAGUAUUUCCAAGUCUUUGAAGUGCUUUGCCAGUAUCAUCUACAUGCACUCCUUACAACAAUGGUAAGAGAAAGUUAGGAUGCUUCCAGGCAGGGGUUUAUUGUCGGAACAGGGCUCUUCAUGAAUGCAAUGAGCACAUAGCAUUGGUAGCAUCCAAAUGCUAGUCUGUAUCCCCACCCCCCACCCCCAUUAAAACCAGGUCUACCCAUUCCAGGACAAAUCUGAUAAAUUAAAAUGGGAGGCUUUCUGAUUUAUAACUUCAUCUCCUAGCCACUACACCCUCCAUCCCCACAUUUUACAGGCUCUUAUCCUCAGAUCCCACUGAGGAAUACCAGAAGGAACCACAAAAGCUGAUGAAGGAAUUUCCUACAGGCGAGUAGGACCAAAUCUAUAGAAACACAUCUGAGGAACCACUAGCAUCUUCUGUUUGCUUCCCAAAAUACACAGAUCAGGCAACCUUGGGUACCCCAUAGUAUAAGCCAUUGGUGCCAUUACAGUAGGGUUUUCUAGUUAUAUAGACUCUAUUCGACUCUACUCGCCACCAGCACUCCAAGUUGCACACAGAACAUCCCAGAUUUUCUGAGGAAACUAGAAUCUAUUGGCAAUUCCCCGGAAAAUAUCAUUCCUAAGCUCCCAUGAACAUUGAGGCACUUUUUACAAAAACAAAGAUGGUCUGCAAACUAUCAGGAAUAUCCUUAAUGGAGUCUUCGACAUACUUAGCUACCUCUUAGCACAGUGGCAUGGCAGUUAUAUGCAUGGCCGUUGCUUAGCAGUAUGCAAGCAACUUCAUGGCCAUGUUAGAGUAAUAACUCUUGCUCAGUUUCUGUCCCCAAAAGCUUGUCCUCUACUUGAGAUACAUUGAGAAUCUUUGUCAUCUUGAUUCAUGAACAGGAGGCACAUGUGAAGUUCCACCAAGACUUCAGCAACUUUCAUCCCAUCUUCAACCUGAACGUAGACUAGUCCAUGCAAGAGGAGCACUUUCUGGAAACUACUGUGCAAUGGCAUAACAACAACAACAACAACAAUAUAAACCCCAUUUAAUACAGCAAAUCCUUAUAUAGGAAACUGACCACUGCACAUACUUACAUGUUUCGAGCUUUCACCCAGAACAGACCACAAAAUCCAUCAUCUACAGUCAAGCUAUGCUAUACAACCACAUCUGUUUAGACGCAUCAGUUAAGCACCAAACUGGAGCCAUGAGAUAAGCUCACAUUUUGCCUCAUCAGAAGAUGCUUUUGUAUGAAGAAAUAAUUAAGAUUCAAAAAGAAAUUUAACAGGCUGCCAAGAACUGUGGGCAACAAUGACUGAAAUGUCAUUACUUUCUUCCAAGGAUAACCGCCAAAAACCAGAAGGGAUGAAGAAAAACAUUUGGGGGGGCUUGCCCUGCAAGCAGCGUAGCUGUGCUGCUGUAAAUGCUCCAGCUUCAUGUGUUCACAAAGCUAUCCAUCACAUUCAAGAUCUAGAAGUAAAAGUGGAAGAAUCCUUUCAACAGUAUGAUCACUUGUACAAGCUGGAGAAAAUUCCAUGGGAGUCAGAUAUUAAAAAUAUUGAAGAUAGCUGGUUAUCCUCUGAACUGAAGGCUAAACAGUCCUUAUAUUGGGAAGACGUCCAGCCUUUAAAGCAGAAAACAACAGCUGUUCUGGCAGAGGUCACAGAAUUAGUUAUGAGAUUAGAAGAGGAACGUAAAAGGGCUGCAGAUGCUUUAAAGUUUGAGGAAAACCGCAGAAAAAAGCUAUACCUAAAUGCUGAUAUCCUGUCACGCUGGAGGCUGGAACAGCUUCCCAUAGCUGUUCAAAGAGAAUGGGAGAAGUGUUCACGAGAUAUUUCAGAAUUACAAUGGCAUUUUGAAGAAAAGAAUAAUCAACUCCAGGAUGCAGUAAACCAACUGACAAAAAUAGAAGUAGCUAAUGCAAAAGUUCUGGAGAAUAUAGCCUACAUGAAGAAAUACAGCCC